CUAUGCGAUGCCUCCCAAAAAGCACUUGGCAGUGUCUGCAGCUUCCAAUGUAGCCAAGAAACGCAAAAGUCCGCCGCAGUCGUCCUCGGAUGGGUAUAGACCUGCGACCAAACGUGGUGUCAAACGCGUCAAGCUCAGCGACGCGCGAUCAAUCAUGACACAAACGGCAGACUCAGCACUCAAGAAUGGCGAAUUAGACCUCCAAUCCUUCCUCAAAGCCCGAGAAUUCGAGAUCAAAGCCCUUCAAAAUGGCAUGCAAAAGGCAAAAAGUUCUCUUACGACGAGAGCCUUCCAAUCAGUCCCUCGCGACAUGCGACGGAGAACUGCAAGCCACAAUGUCAAGCGGGUGCCCAAGAGGUUGCAGAACAAAGCUGCGAGAGAGAUGAGAGAGGACAAUACACCGACUGUUAGAGCAAGCAAAAGAGAACCCAAAAAUUCUCGAGGCAGGCUUCGUGCAGAAACAGCGAAAAAGUUGGGCAUACUGGCAGAAAAGAAGAGGGCUCUGAAAGCGAGGGAUCCUACGAAAGCUGCUGGUGUCCAGACAAGAGCUGCACGGCCGAAACUAAGGAAGGACAUGUUGAACGAUCCUCCAAAACCAAAGUCGAAGUUCAGGAAAAGGCAAAUUCACAAAACUUGGUUGCCUACACAUAUGUGGCAUGCUAAGAGAGCGACUAUGACAGGACCAAAAGAUCCGCUGUGGAGGUUUGCCAUACCUCUCACGCCUACACAAAAGUCAUAUCGACCCACACAUAGAGCUAGUGUAGCCAGAGGAGCAGUGGGUUGGGAUAUGAGCUAUAUGAGCACAAUAGGUUUGGAAGGUCCAAGUCUGAGUCUUGAAAAGCUGCUGAGGUCGGUGGGCGUCGUUGAGCCCGGACUUUGGGACGAAAAGGCCACAAAAUGGAGACUUGGCAAAAGAAGUUGGAGCGGGUGGUUGUCUAGAGAAGUCAAAGAUCAAUCCAUUCUCAUUGGCCCCUCUACAAUUUUGUGGUGUCCCCAAGAGUCACGCGAUCCAUGUGAAGAUAUCGAAAAGGAGCCCAAGAAGCCUGCCAUGAGACGAGUAUUCAUCAGAAUCCAUCCAUCGAUAUUUCUCGAGACAUGGACCGAAGUACUGCGUCUCUCGAAGCUACAACGCCCUGUAGUACACGUUGAAGAUCUUCGGUUUGAGAUUGGCAGUAUUGAGAUCACAGGACCUGGGUCGACCGAAGCACUCCUUGGUAUAUUGCAUCCAUAUCACGACUCAGACGAUAAUCAGGAUAUCCAUGGACAGACAUUCCGAACACUUGCCGGAGUCACAAAUCCGGGCUCAUUACCCCUGAAUUCUAUAUUAUCGUUUCCAAUCAUGGAUCCACGAUUAAGGUAUCCGCCAAGGCCUAUCAAGUUACCCAGCGUGAAUGAUGAACAUGCAAGUUUUAGUUUGCUUGAGCAACUAUCAACCUGGCCUAUUGAUGCAUCGACUGGAUCUUCGGCAUUAUUUGACCGAGAUGCUCGAUUCAAGGCGACUCGAUUGCCAUCUCAGAAAUCCAUCAACCGGCGGAAAGCUCUAGCACCGCCUGGUACUUAUCCUUCAAAGGUUGUCAAUGACUCUCCAAUACCAACCAUGCUCCUCACAUCUCGAGCGUCGUCACUUGCAGCUCAAGGCUCAUGGACUUUACUAGUUCCGUGGAAGUGUGUUCUUCCCAUCUGGUACGGCCUAAUGCACUAUCCGCUCUCCACCGGGGGGAAUCCUCGAUUCGGGGGUCUAGAAGAGGCUCAGCAAGUGUGCUUCGAGCAAGGUGUGCCAUGGUUUCCAUCAGAUUAUCCUGCCACGCAAGCCGGUUUUGCUUGGGAAGCCGAGCAGCGACUGAAGAGACACAAAGACUGGGCCAAACGUCCUAAAGGCAAACGGAUUGAGUGGACGUCCCUUGACUUGGGUGCUGGAAGAAAAGGAGAAAUUGGUCGAGGCUGGGCUUGCGACUUUGAAAAGAUCAUCGGUAUCGAGCCGCUGCCAGACAACGAUUUGUCGAACAUUACCACGACUACGCAAGACACGAGCAAAGUCUCUGAAGUCAAAACACAAUCGAAAGCUAUUGAGGUCCCUAUUAAACAUAUGUCGAGAAAGGACUUCACAUCCUUAAUUUCUUCGCGAGAUGCCGAGCCACAAUCUACAAACUCCGUAGCAACAAUCCGAAUUACCUUCCUCUCUCGCGGCGUCGCCACUCCUUGCGCUCGCAUCUACAGACUCCCUUCAUCGUCGCCUUCAUCAUCUGAUCUGGACUUAUCCCCACCAGACACCCAGCCAGCUACGACUCGCGAAGCUUGGCUUUCUCUGCUACCCCAAACCACAAACUCCAAACCUCUGCCAAAGACUAAAGGCCAAAAAUUGGGCCGCAUUCCUCUCGACGCACCUCUUCCACAACGUGUAAGACUCCUUGCGCAGUCCCUCCUCCAGAACCCACCGCUGCAAUAUCCGGCGGACAAGAAUGGUGAUGAUCACCUGCUUGUGCCGAAUGAGGAAGAUCUCAUUGGUUUUGUCACCACUGGGGAGUUCAAUCUGGCCGAGGGGAAAGGAGUUGCUGUUGGAAGCAUCGUUCGUCAAGUUAAGCCCACAUUGAUCUUGGCCAGGCCCUUGGAUUUUAAGUGUUGCGAUAUCAAGACUAAGAGCAUGAUGCAUGCAAUCGUGACUCCCAUGGACUUCAGCGAUAUGAUAGGUAAGGAAGCGUUCAUGGAUGGGCUUUCAGGCGCCGCAAGUGCGUUUGCUGUCGUGUCUUUGGCCGCUCAGGUGGCCGGUGGCGUUCAGAAACUGUGCAACUUCUGGGAAACAGUUCAAGACGGGCCUAGAAACGUGUCAUGCAUUGUCAAAGACCUGGAGGUGGUUUCAAAUGUCUUGGAUGACAUACGGCAAGAGAUGCUGAGCCAAAAUGAGAUGCCGUACUCAAGAUCGGUGGCCGCAACCCACGGUGCACUUGAGAGCUGCCAGGGUAGAGUGGCUGCUCUAGAUGCACUAAUCGACGGGUUUCAACCAGGAUUCUCCACCCACAAGAGGAAUUUCAAGAAGUGGGCAGCUUUAAAAGCUUCUUGGAAAGGGGAUAGGCUUAGAAAGUUUCAGGAAACUCUGAAGGACGUGAAAACAACACUGCUUUUAGCUCGGCAGAACUCGAUUGCACGUACACUUGGUAUUCGAGAACAUCAGCAUCGCCAUGAUCUAGAGGUCCUUGCUCAUGGCAUGAGACUUCUCUUGACGCAGAAUGAUCCCGCCAUGACCGCAAUGGUUUCGAGAAGCACCAUUGAGUGUCAAGAACACAUCGACCAACUAAAACAAGAGUGCCAUAUCAUGUCAACUCGUGUUCGGAGUUCCGCCCAAAAUGGUGUGAGGGGUUCGACGAGUACGUCGUAUGCACCAGCGAACUCAGCCGUCAAUCCUAGACCCGACACCCGACUCAAGACCUUAGCGGAAAACAUGCUGAUUGUCUCAACAUCCAAAAUCAACUUUCGAAUUGAAUCCCGGAACAUCAGAUUCGAAGUACCUUUCGCAAUUACCAACUUUCUGGGCAGUCUACUGAUCUAUAACUCGAUCUAUAAGCGCGCUAGCACGAAUCUCUCAGCAGAGAAUUCGAAAGUCGAGGAAGGGGAUGAUGAGACGAGAAUCGGAUGUGCGACCCAGACAACUGUUGUGGUUCAUCCAUCUUGGUGGCUCUCUACGAUGGGUAUAAUUUGGGGCAUUCAAAUAGUGUUGUCGAAGUCAUUUCGGGGACUCGAUUGCAGUCUGAGAACGUAUUUUGCUGUCCCUGAUGACUCAUUAGUCUUUCAAGUUUGUCAAAGCGGUGACGUUGCUGCUCUGCAGGAACUCUUUAAGAGCAGAAAGGCUUCGCCGUGGGACACUGACUCGCGAGGCUAUACUCCUCUGUUUUUUGCUGCACGUGCGAGGCAGUUGGAGAUAUGUCAUAUUCUGAUCAAUCAAGGGGCUGAUGUUCGUGCGCGCAACCUGAUGGGCGACGCUGGUCAAACAUCUUGUCGAGAGCACGUUGAUAUACUGAGACUAUUCGUCGACCACCUGGAUUUCUCGGAUCAUGUCAAUUGCUCUGGAAUCUGGGGAUUGCGACGCCUUCUAAUGAUCGCCAGGUGCAGUCACAUAUCAUGUUCUCAUUCUCUGGAUAGUCCUUUAGCAUUUUUGUGGGCAUUUCCACUGCUUAGGGACGAUAUUUCCUUUAAAAUACCCGCAAUGGGACGAGGAAUUGCCCAGCUUCUGACCCAGGCCAUGUGGCUGGAUAAUGUCGAGGUGUUGUCACAAAUCGUCAGAGCUGUAGGUGAUGUCAAUUCAAGGCAGAUCCUUGCAUGGUUCUCUCCCGCACAUAAUCUUGUCACAAGCAGAACUGGGUAUGGUAUACGCAGAACUCCUAAGUCCAAUCGCUUUCUCAUAAGUCAGGGCUUGGAUCUCCAUCUGGUAAUGGAUGAGACUUUCGAGGUCAACCAAAAACGCGAGCAUCGCUAUGAUGACACCCCUCUCUCACGCGCUAUGAGAAAUUCUGAGUCCUUCUUCCUUUUUAGAGAGCUCCUUCAAGACAUGAAUAUCUCAUUCGAGGACUUUGUCGAGGACGAAUUAAGAUGUUAUCCAUUAGUGCGUAGCGGAUGGACACGGACGACGUUACUGCGACUUUUCAACCUCGAGUAUACACCUCUCGUCAUGCCGGCAAUCACUUGUCGGACCUGUGAAUUGAGCGACAUUGCUACGGAAUCAACCUGGCUAUCACUGCUUGAGAGGCUUAAAUCUAUGCCAGAAGCCAUAUACAACGCCCAGGAAGUUUCCCUAGAAAGAGAGAGAAAAAUCGUCGACUACAGUGACAUCACUAAAAUUCAGUGCUGCCAGACAACAGAAGCGCAUGGGGAGGAAGAUAGCAUGUUUUUGUUUUCGUUUUAAGAUAUAAUGUGGACGCAAAACAAGGGCCGAAUGAUCUCUUGUAAUUGAUGUAGGGACUCUUGGUUGAACCCCGUAUGGGCUGGCUCAACCAAGCUGGAGCACCGUAGUCUAUGGGUCAUUUAUC